AUGCAGUAUUGCAAUAGCAAUAGCAACACCAGCGGUGGAAGUGGCAGUGGCAGUGGGGGCGGCAACGCAGGCAUGCUUGCGGGUGGCGGCGGCGGCGCAAAUGGCGGUAGUUGCGCUGGUGCUAGCAGCAGCGAUGGCAACAGAAGCUAUGGCAGUGGCAAUAGUUACAUUGGCGUCGGCGGCAGGGGCACUUAUGGUUUUCUCGAUGGCAAUGAAGAGUUCACACCGAUGUCGCACUAUGUCGGAGGAGGCAAUAGCAAUAGCGGCAACGUUAGCCAUCGAGGAGGAAAUAUGUUGCAACAUCAUAAUACGCAACAGCAGCAACAACAGCCACCGCACAACCAAUACCAGCAGUAUCAGCAGCUUCAGCAGGUGCCUAUAAAGUUAUCGCCUGGCAGUUUGACACCACCGCCAACAACAACAGCAUUGGCAACCGGCCUACAGCCGAUGCUGCAUUUGCCGUCGGCAUCAGUCGCAGCGCCAACGACGCUUUUACCGCCACCAGCGCCGCCGCCGCCGCCACAGCAUUACUUCGGAGCCGCCGAGGAGUAUGCGUGA